AUGACAACAGAAAUGGACUACAGCUCAACUAAUCCGGUAAAAAGACAAAGGCUUGAGCCACUCAACGCGGAUGCUAGUUGGCGUGUUAAAUUGAAGGCUAUAGAAACAGCUGAUAGAGCUAAAAAAGCCGAAGGAGCUAAAGCGAGUCAGCUGUUUCAAAACGGCAAUACUAGUGGCACAAACAACAGCGUUCGGGAAUACGAAGUGAUAGAUUUAACUUCAGAUGAUGAUGAGGUUGGUUCACCUGCAGUUUCCGAAACUAAAAACGUUUAUCCUAUAAAGAUAGAUCAAGCAGUCAAAAACGAAAAGAGCAUAUAUCUCGAUAGUGACAAUAGUGACGAUGAAAUUAUUAUCCUAGGCGAAAAGAAAGUGACAAACAAUGUGCUUAAGCCAGAACCCCUAAAUGGUGCAACUGUCCCUAGCAUGCAAUUCAACGGCUCAAAUUCAUCUCCCCAAAAUGGCCUACAGAGUAUACAAGGCAGCGACAACAUUGUCCGCCCCCUUGCCCCAAACCAACCGAUAAUGCCAGGCUCGUUCAAUACACCGGCACCUGUACCGCAUGUGGGAGACAACUUUGCCCAAAUCACUCGUGAAGAGUUGAAACAAAGGGAAACAGAAAAAUUAACUGAGUUUGGUAAAUUAGAGCAAAUAAAAAGAACACUAACAGCUCAAAUUCAACGUCAUCAACAAGAAUUCGAGGUUGAAAAUCAGCGAAUUACGAUUGCACGAUCACAACUAAGUCAAGCCAAUAGGUUAGGGAAUCAUGCGUUAGUUGAGCGAUUAAGAGUGGGUAUCACGAAAAUUAAACGAGUAAUGGACACUGUGCGCAAUAACAUAAAUGCAUACCAACGUUCGCUCGAGCCUGUUGAGGCGAGUAUACUCACUGUGAGAGGGAGUUUGUCAGGUAUUGCGAACAGAUUGCGUACAGCUAACCACCAAGCAAAUGCGUCGUUUAAUCCUUACGAGGCACAAAUAUAUCGAGAUGCGCAAACACAUGGAAGCUCUUCAAGAGAACCCGAUGUUGAUGUUUCACAUCUAUUGGAUAACAUAGUGCCUGAUGAACAAUUGCAAGAAGGUUUGGCACCAACGCCACCCGAAAUGGCAAUCAAGUUGUUGAAGCACCAAAGCAUAGGACUAGCUUGGUUAAAGCGUAUGGAAGAGUCUAGGACUAAAGGAGGCAUUUUGGCCGAUGAUAUGGGGUUGGGAAAAACUGUGCAAGCAUUGGCUUUGAUUAUUGCAAACAAGUCGAAGGAUUUUGAGAGAAAGACUACAUUGAUUGUGGCUCCUGUUUCUUUACUACGACAGUGGGCGGCAGAAGUGGAGUCCAAAUUGCACCCAUUGUGUAGCUUGCGAGUAGGUAUUUACCAUGGGGAAAAUAGAAAGGUAAUGUCUACUUUCCUGGCCUUGAAGAAAUAUGACAUUGUGUUGGUAUCAUAUGGAACCAUUGCUUCUGAAUGGAAGAGACAUUAUGCCAAGGAACUAGAUGAAAACAGGCUUGAAGGAAGAGGGUUCCUACCAAAGAAUGGUACUGGAGGUACCGAAUACGACUCUCCAUUAUUUGCCUCAAAUUCUUUAUUUUAUCGAGUCAUAUUAGACGAAGCUCAAAAUAUAAAAAACAAAUUGGCAAUUUCGUCAAAGGCCGUUUUGUAUUUGAAAGCUGAAUAUAGGCUAUGUUUGACAGGAACGCCCAUGCAAAACAAGAUCGAAGAGUUGUAUCCCAUUGUUCGUUUUUUGAAACUUAGGCCAUAUUACAUUGAAGACAAGUUCAGGGCCCUUGUCUUACCGUUGAAAUCAAAGUCAGAUGAAUACGAUGAUGUUGACCGGGCUCAGUCUAUGAGGAAAUUACAAGCCAUGUUGCGUUCAGUGAUGUUGAGGCGAACCAAAUCGUCUAAAAUUGAUGGACAGCCUAUUUUAAACUUGCCCGAGAAACAUAUAGUUUCCGAUUAUGUGGAGUUGGAAGAAGUUGAAAUGUCAUAUUAUAGAGAUAUUGAGUUGGGAGUUCAACGACAAGCAGAGAAGAUGAUGAGUUCAAAUGAUAAUAGUUGUAUGUUUACACUCUUGCUAAGAUUGAGACAGGCAUGUUGUCACCAGUAUCUUGUUGAAAUUGGAAACAUAAAGACUGACCAACGGCAUCAAGCUGCAGAGACUACUUUGAAACUCGACUGGAGAAGGCAGUUACGAAAUGUAACGGAAUUGACUCCAGGUCAGGCUGCUAAAAUAAAAGAAACUGUUGCGUCUUCGGCUAGUAGUGAACUCACUUGUUCUUUUUGCUAUGACGUUGAAGAAUUAAACAACUUUGCUGUAUUGGGAGAUUGCGGUCAUUUAGUUUGUCUAUCCUGCAUUGAUACAUUUUUUGACGAGCACGCAAUUGAUGGCACUGAUUCUAGGGAUCAGGUUGCCACAUGCAUUGAUUGCAAAUCUGCAGUGAAAUAUUCAAAUACUUUUGAAUACACCAUGUUUGAGAAAUUUUCCAUCAGAAACGAAAGUGCAUCAGAUGUCGAGGAGUUUUAUAAAGAGCGCCAACGGAGUAAUAAUUUGUCAAACAUGUCCAUAAUUCGCGAUUUAACUGCAAGGGAUCAAGGGUUUGAACCUUCAGCUAAAAUUGAGAAAUCAAUUGAGCUAAUUAGACAAAUUCAAGAAUCUAACCCUGGGCAAAAGAUUAUUAUUUUUUCUCAAUUUGUUACCUUGUUUGAUUUAAUGAAGUUGGUUUUGGAUUAUCAAAAGAUCCCAUUUUUGCGAUACGAUGGUUCGAUGUCGAUGGAGAAUAAAAACACCGUUAUUAAGCAAUUUUAUCAAAAUGAUGCUGAUGUUUUAUUACUUUCUUUACGUGCUGGUAACGUGGGGUUAACAUUGACAUGUGCCAAUCAUGUGAUUAUAAUGGAUCCAUUUUGGAAUCCGUUUGUGGAAGAGCAAGCUAUGGAUAGGGCUCAUCGUAUUGGACAAGAACGAGAAGUUCAUGUUCAUCGCAUACUAGUCUCAAACACGGUUGAGAGUCGUAUUAUGGAACUUCAAGACAAUAAAAAGCGAUUAAUUGGAGAUGCUCUCGAUGAGAAUGAGAUGAAGUCGAUAUCGCGUUUGGGAAGGAGGGAGCUUGGUUUCUUGUUUGGUUUGAAUGGAUUGACCGAGAGAACGACAUAA